UUUGUAGUAAACAGUUUACUCAAAAAAGUAGUUUAAAUACUCAUAAAAGAGUUCACACUGGUGAAAAACCUUAUAAAUGUGAAAUUUGUAGUAAGCAGUUAUCCCACAAGUGCUUUAAUUUAUCACAUGAGAGUUCACACUGGUGAAAAACAAUAUGAAUGUGAAAUUUGUAGUAAGAAGUUUAUUGAUAAAAGUCAUUUAAAUACUCAUAAAAGAGUUCACACUGGUGAAAAACAUUAUGAAUGUGAAAUUUGUAGUAAGAAGUUUAAUGAUAAUAGUCAUUUAAAUACUCAUAAAAGAGUUCACACUGGUGAAAAACCUUAUGAAUGUGAAAUUUGUAGUAAGCAAUUUGCUAAACGAUAUCAUUUAAAGGGUCAUAUGAGAAUUCACACUGGUGAAAAACGUUAUAAAUGUGAAAUUUGCUUCAAACAGUUUACUCAGAAAAUUUCUCUAAGUACACAUAAUAUGUUAGUUCAUACUGGUGAAACACCUUAUAAAUGUGAAAUUUGUAGUAGGAAAUUUACUCAAAAAAGUAGUUUAAAUAGUCAUAAAAAGUUCACACUGGUGAAAAACCUUAUAAAUGUGAAAUUUGUAGUAAGCAGUUUAGUGAACAAAAAACAUUACAUAAUCAUAAUAGCGUUCACACAGGUGAAAGACCUCAUAAAUGUGAAAUUUGUAGUAAGAAAUUUACUCAAAAAAGUAGUUUAAAUACUCAUAAAAGAGUUCACACAGGUGAAAGACCUUACAAAUGUGAAAUUUGUAGUAAGCAUUUUAGUCGACUAAGUAGUUUAAAUUAUCAUAUGAGAGUUCACACUGAUGAAAAACCUUAUAAAUGUGAAAUUUGUAGUAAGCUGUUUACUGAAAAAUCAACUUUAAGUAAUCAUAUGAGAGUUCACACUGCCCAAGUAGCACAGUAAAAACAUUUUACACAGUAGUUUUAUGUAAGGUGUAUAAAGUUUUUAUUGUAGUAAGUAACAAGCUAAUGGUUUUAAAGUUACCUUGUAGAUAUACUACCAGAACUUUAAAACUGUUAAAAGCAACUGUCACUAGGUUUAAAGUAUCUAAUACAAGUAUCAAAUAAACUAAUUAAUCCAAGCAUAUUUUUACAUAAAAACAAGGAAAAACACAACUUUUGGUAAAUCGAUUCUUCCGGUUCAAGACCUCGAUCUUAUACAGCAAGAAAAGAACCUAUGUACCAAAUUUGGUUGAAAUCUGACGUCUCGUUUAAAAGUUAUCGUGCUAUUAGUCACAUAUAUAUGUAAAGUCGCCAUUUUGAAUGCCCACCAUUUUUGUAAAGGCAAAAUUUGAGAUAGCCUCGUAUCUAAAUUUGAACCUUUAUAUGUGUGGUAUAAAUAUGUGGUCCAAAUUAUAUGCUUCUAUCAUUAAAUACACAGUUGUUUCACAUAUCGGCUGCACUAUAAGUAUUAAAUCUUAUUUUGUAUAAUAAAGUUAAUAUUAGGAAACAAAUACAUAGUAUAAGAAAAUUUAAAUAAAUAUUUUUUGCUUUGAUAUUUUUUCAAAUAAAGAAGUUGUUAGGUUAGGAAAUUGACUGUUACAUAUUUGUAACGCUAGAAUGUAAUGUAAUAUUCUCCAGUUAUUUUGUAACAAUAUAUCAUAUAUCAUGUUUGGUUUUCAUUGUAUAGUAUUUUUAGUAACAUUUUUCGAAGUAUUAGUAUACAGAGUGUUUAUAGAACUUAACGGAAUUUAAAAAUGCAGUAUGUACCUACUAGGUUGUUUUAUAUCAGAGGUCUUGCUGCAGUUCUUCAAAUAGGCCUGACUCUGAGAUAGAUGACUAGAUGAGGAUUCCGGAGAUGAGGACGAGGGCGUAGAUUUGGAAAAUUUGAGCAAACUUCAGCUACUUGCCGAUGCAGAAGUUAGAAUUGCUGAUGAAAUUAUAAUAGGAGAAGAUAUUCUUAUUCAACAGUCAGAAUCGACAGUAUAUAACAUUUUAUUGACAAAUUAUUGAUAUCGAUAUUACACCUGCUCAUAUGGUAUAUCCAAAAGUUUCUGCAGCCCGGGCUCGGGUUUCAGGUCGGAAGAUUUCACAUAUAGGUACUUAGAAACAAUUUCCUGAGUCAGAUUAUUCUCUGUUUGAAAACAAAUCAGUUGUUGAUAUAUUCGAAAUGUUCAUAGAUGAAUACAUCAUUUUAUUCCUGGUACAGGAAACAAACCAAUAUGCUACAUUCAAGAACCUACCCGACCCAGGAGAAAUGAAAUGAUACGAUGGAAAACCUAGUGUAUAAAAUUCCAAACAACAAAAGAAGGCGUUGUGCUGGAAGAUUUUGCAAAAGUUCAACACGCACGAUGUGUAGAAAUUGUAACGUAGGUCUCUGUAUUGAUUUUUUCGUUACCUAUCACACAAAUGAAAAUGUUUGAAUUCCUUUGUCUUUAUUUUCAGUUUUUAAAUAAAUAGAA